AUGAUCUCUGCAAUUUAUCAUGAAAAACAAGAAGGAAGAUUAUGCGCCAUGCAUUCUCUGAACAACUUGUUACAGGGAGCCUAUUUUACUGAAAUUGAUUUGAUGGAAAUUGCUCGUAAUUUAGAUAAGAAGGAGGCAGAAUUAUUACAAGAAUCCGGUACUCAACAGCCACAGAGCACUAGUCAUAAUGUGAGCGAUGAAGGUGAUUUUAGUAUUGGAGUAAUUUCAACAAGUCUUGAAGUGUGGGGCUUGAGUUUAAUUCCGAUCACUCAUCCAAGCAUUGUACAAUCUAUCAGAGAAAAACCUUGGGAGGAAAAAGCCUUUAUUUGCAACCAUCUAGAACAUUGGUUUGUCUUUAGAAAAUUUGGAAUUCAUUGGUUUAAUCUAAAUUCAACACUGAAAGCACCCACCUAUCUUUCACCAACUCAUAUUUCUCUUUUUAUUGAGCAAUUGAAACAAGAAGGAUACUCAAUUUAUGUUGUAAAGGGAGAUUUACCUCCAUGUGAGGCUGAAUUAUACUCUGAAACUUUUGAUCCCAAGUCAUUGACAAGUCGCUCACGCUCUUCAUCCUCAAGCAGCCAACCUCAGCAAGACAAUACUAUUGAUUUCAUUACUCAAAUGCAAGAAAGUAUAAUAUCUGGAAAUUCUCAAAGCAUUCCAAAGCCCUCUCCUAACAUAAAUAGCGAAGAAUGGAAAAAGGCUGUUGAAUUUGCUAGAAUGGAGACCAUGUUUUGGGAUGCCAAUAAGCAUUUGACACAACCAUCAACAACACAACAUUCACAACAAUCUAUCGAAGACGAUGAAGAUGAUGAAGACGACGAAGAUGAAGCUCUAAAAGAAGCAAUCAAAAGGAGUUUAGAACAAAAGUAG